AUGUGUGAACAAUUUGGACCUCAUCAGCAGUGCUGCAAACUGCUUAUGUAUGAUUGGUAUACAAAAGUGACCUCCACUGUGGUAGAUAUUGUGCCCCGAAGCACUGAUGGGCAGUUUGCAGGUAUUUAUGGCACAUUACUCGCUUCAUUCUGCUGGUCUGCAGACAGCCAACGAGUGGUUCUUGAUACGGUGCAGCGCAGUAAACAGAGUCUGUUUGUUGUGGAUAUUAUAAAUGGAAAGCUGACACCACUCCAAUCCAAAGGAAAUUAUCCACCAGGAUCCUGGAAGGUGUUGGCUAUUGACAGAGAUCUACUUGUUACCUCAUUUUCCUCUCCAAACCACCCACCUACAAUAAAAGUGGGGUUCUUACCCCCUAAUGGCAAAGAAGAUGACAUCGCAUGGGUUUCAUUGAAGGAAGAUAAUUCUGGUUUUAAUAUAGAUUGGAGUUUCAAAGUCCAUCAACCUCCUCAAGAACAGGAGAACUCAAAGUAUCCUGGCCUCAAUUUUGAGUCUAUCUUCCUUAAGCCGCAGAACAUCCCUGCUGAGAGCAAAAUUCCCUUGGUCGUCUACCCUCACGGAGGCCCACACUCUGCCUUUGUCAGCGAAUGGAUGCUUUUUCCGGCUAUGAUGUGUAACAUGGGUUUAGCUGUACUACUAGUAAAUUAUCGAGGAUCAGUGGGCUUUGGACAGGACAGCAUUCUUUCCCUGCCAAAGAAUGUCGGAGAGCAAGAUGUCAAAGAUGUUCAGUUUGCAGUGGAGCAAGUUCUGCAAGAAGAAUCUUUGGAUCCAAACAGGGUCAUAAUAUGUGGAGGAUCACACGGUGGCUUCUUGUCGUGUCAUUUGAUUGGUCAAUACCCAGGAUUCUAUAAAGCAUGCAUUGCUCGCAACCCAGUGACUAACCUGCUCUCAAUGUUUGGAUCAACUGAUAUACCAGACUGGUGUUUGGUGGAAUCCGGUAUCCCUUACUCUUACCAGGCUGCACCGGAUCCUUCUCAAUAUGGGGAAAUGUUAGAUAAAUCCCCUAUCCGAUAUGUCUCUCAGGUUAAGACCCCGGUCCUAUUAAUGCUGGGAGAGGAUGAUCGUCGAGUGCCGAACAAGCAGGGCCUGGAAUAUUAUAGAGCAUUGAAAGCUCAUGAUGUGCCUGUACGGCUUCUUUGGUACCCUGGAAAUAACCAUGCACUAGCCAAGGUGGAUGCAGAAUCAGACAAUUUUAUGAAUAUCGCACUGUGGAUCCAGAAAUGGUUAAAAUAA